AUGAAUGAAAUAAGCGAAAUAGUUAUAUUGUUAAAUUCAAAUCUUCUCUGUGUAGAUGAUAAGGACAACGGUGAACAUAACAUUGACUCGCAUGCACAAAGCUUAAGAAAUUUAGAAUGGUAUUAUAAAGCUAUAGACGAAGGUCGGAUUGUUAAAUUUAGAUAUUCGGAAUUUUAUAAUCUUAGAGAAAUAGGACAAGAUUAUGGCGAUCAAAAAGUCGCGUUGAAGCGAUUUAGUCAGAAUAAUUCAAUUAUAAACUUUGCUAAUGAAAUUAAACAAAUUUAUACUGUCAAUAAUCACGAAAAUAUUAACAGAUUUCAUGGAAUCACUAAAGAUCCAUAUUCGGGUGAUUUCAUAAUGGUGUUGCAAUGUGCCAAAGAUGGAAAUCUGAGAAAUUACUUAGAGCUUCAAUGGAAUAAUAAUGUUUUUACAAUAGCUUUGACCAAGGUUAUUAAUAUUUUGGAGCAAAUUGUGCAAGGAUUAAAACACUUGCAUUCAAAUAAUAUCAUUCAUCGAGAUUUAGUAAGUGAUUGUCUCAUGUCUCAAUAUCCUUUGCAUGGAAUGAAAGUUAAUGUAUUUCUUCAUGCCCAUAUUGUUUCUAAAAUAUUCGCCAAAAUUAUUAUAGGCGGUCGAGAAACCCCUAUUCAUGGUACACCUAAAGACUAUGUCGCUCUAUAUCAAAAAUGUUGGUCACCUGAACCGGAACAACGACCAAAUUUAAACGAAAUCUUAAGAUGCCUUGAAGAAAUUUCGAAAAAAGCGGAUAAUAAGUUUAUAACAUAUAGUGAUCGCCAACGACGAGCUUCGACACCAUCACUAACGACUGAUAAUUCGUCAAGUUUAAAUUCAUCAUCUGACCACUCAGAAUAUUUCAGUAUUCAAUCAACAAUUUCGAGACAAAUUUUUAUAAAUACAACAAAUAUUAUCACAAGAAGUCAGGCCGAAAAGAUCUCUGAUUGGAUUUAUGGAAAUAAUAUUAUUCGAUGUGAAUUUAGAUUACGAUAUGUAGGUAGUCGAGAUAGAGAUGGAACCGAAUUUAAAAAUUUUCAUAAGCACUGUGAUAAUUUAUCAGGAACUGUUGUGGUAUUAAAAGUUCGUGCGACGGGAGAAAUUCUUGGUGGAUACAACCCAAUUAUGUGGAAAAUGGCACCUCGUAAAUUUGGAGUGAUGCCUACUAGUAAGUAUGGAGUAACUGACAAAGCGUUUAUUUUUUCUUUUAAAGAUGAAAAAACAAUUUUUAGUAAAGUAAAAAAUCCCGAUAAAGCGAUUUAUUAUAAGGAUGAAUUCGCAACUUCUUUCGGGAAGAGCGAUUUAUCCUUGAUAAAUGACAUGACAUUAAAUUAUAAGUGGUAUUGUAAACAAAAAAAUUAUAAUAAGCCGAUUAGAUCUUCGGCGGGUUCCUUUGAAGCAGAUGAUUAUCAAAUAUUCGAA